GAAUCACAUAUGAAACACUUGUGUGGAUUUGAAAAAAAACCUCUUUGACCUCGAUUGAGCUUAGAUCAGAAUUUUCGUUUCGCCCUGUAGAUCGACCAUUUUUGCGUUAUCUCAAAGUUUCUUUCUUUGUACUUGGAGUAUUGGAUUUUGUUAGUUUCCAGCACUGACGCGUUAUAAGACCGUGUCAUCUUAAACCAAUCACAAAGCGCGGUACCGCCGUUGGAAAGACUUGCUCGCUUGAGUUCUCAAUCAUUUCGUGUAGCAACCAGACGAACUAAAAUGACCGCCAGUGUGCAAGCAAACGUGAGUAAAUUUGGGUAUUUUUGUUUUGUUUUUUUGCGUAUUUAAGAUUUCCGGGGUGUAAAGAAUUAAGCUUAAGCGCCUAAAAAGGUGCUCUGAAAAUGGUCCAGCGUUGUCUGGUUAGCGCCGUCUUUAACAUAACGCCGCCUAAUCACCGAUGUUACUAAACCAUCGUGUUUGGAUUAGACAGAUUAGAAUAGGAAAUAAUCACUUGUAGUUGAGAAAUAUGGGUUCUCCUGUUUGAAAAUGUGUCCCACUGUCUGUUUAUUUAAUAAGCAAACGAUAUCAUUUUGAAGAUUGUAUGCAUUAGCUUUUUUUCCCCUUGAUGUACGCCUGAUAUGUGACGAGUUGCGCAAUUUUAACAGUAGUUUCAAGAAUGUGUAGAUCUGAUUGGUAAACAGUUUUGCCGUCAAAUCUAAAAAUCUGCCUUUUUUCUCUCUUCCUCUAGAUCCCGGACGGGCAGGAGAUCUUUAACCGUGUAUUCAUAGGAGGUUUGUCGAGAGAGGUACGUUUACACCCUUCUUUUCUCGCUGAAGUUCUCCUAUUUCUGUUCGUUGAACGAAUCUUUUUCCGAGGGUUCAUCGUUGCGCUUUUAUCUUCCUGAUAUAGUACGGAAGGCUUAAAUUUGUGUCUUGACGAUCACGGAUGUUGCAAACGUGCGGUUCCAGGAAAAUUGUUGUCGCGAAAAGUGUACAAGUGACCACCGAAGAUGCACAUUCCAGAGCGGUCGUUAUUCGUUUGAAUUUAUGAGCGACUAUGAGUUGACUCCUUUUUAGUAGUCCCAGGAGAUGAACAAUUUCAAGCAUUUCUACUUCUUUCUGUUUUUGGUUUCUAUUAUUUUUAUUUUAUUUUACUUUACUUUAGUAUCAUUGGCUUUUACCGCCAAUCUGCCAGAUACAAAUGCUGAAAGGAUAAACAGCGAUGUCUUUCAGCAUGUUUCAACCCCAUUUUAUCAAAAUCGCAUAGUCAGCCAAAAGUGCUUUUGAAGAUUGUGAUUCUCGCUGAAAGGAAAUUUUGAAUCUGUUUGUUUUAUCUAGUAGAUGUUUUGCAUUGUGGAGGAGGAAAAAUGGUUUCACAGCUUUUUCAUUUCCAUUGGUGCAGUUAUUUUGCUAAAAACGCGCGCUUUUGAGAUGAAUGUGGUUGCUUCGAGUAACGAACACUUCGUACAUUUAUUUGUGUCACACUAAUUUUAUUUCAUUUGUUGCUUUUUUCCCCUCUUUUCCAGACGAGUGAGCUCGAAUUAGAAACGUUUUUUUCGGCAUUUGGGGAAGUUGUAGACGUAAGAAUAGUCUGUGACCGAAAAACGGGUUUAAACAAGGGGUAAGUUUAAAGUCAAUGUAAUCUUUUUGGUUCUCGUAUAAGCUUACUUAGAAACCUUGACUUAUUUAGUAAAAAGCGUGUUUCCAUGUUUUUAUCCCCUUAUUCGUUUAUUGCUAUCAUCAUUAUUAUUAUUUUUUAAAUCCCCCUUGCUUGCAAGUUACAUGAGCAAAUAUGGAUGGUUUUGUAUGAAAUUGUACUUUGAUGCGACCCCUGCCUUUAAAGCAAGGUUUUGUUUGAACAGAAAAACAUCUCCUACCAAAAACAUUUUUGAUAAGAAAUGUUCUUUGAAUUGAGUUCUGAUAGUCUUAAAACCGUCUUUAGAUGUAUCUGCUGGAAAAUUUUGAAGUUGUAAAUUUCGUCUCUUUUGAUGUGGUAUCGCUCGGUCGGGAGAAAGGUGAAUUGAGCUUCUUGUAAAUGUAGUAGCUCUCACUGAGUUUAGAAAUCACCGUUUUUACAGUUAAUUUAAAUUUCUAAGUCACAGCCUUCUGCUAGAAUUUUUUUGCACUUUCAUGAACGCUUGGCGAGGAAAACAAAACGCAACGAAACCAUGCGAUUACGGCUCUGAAAAUAGAAGAGUGCAGCACGUUAACGUCUGGUUCCUAUGUUGAAGUUUUCAAUGUCUGUACACUCUUGAUUAGCGCAAACGUUUAUAGGCCACAUUACAUUGCAUGAUCGAAUGUUUGCGAGAUUAGGUUCAAACUUAAUUAAAUUACCAGUGGUUAGAAAGACGAGUAAACAAACAGUGAACCUUGCAUUAAUGUAAAAGGCCCACAGAACGUGCCGCUUGGGAAAUGUAUUUCCGUAUCCUUGAAAGUAGUAGCAAAGUUUAAAGUUUCAGGAUAAAGAAAAGGCAAACGUGAGCCUUGAAGUCGUAAAUGAGUGUUAUCAAGCUAAGCACAAAGUGAUAAUUGGCCUUGUUAGUUUGAUUAUUCCCCACGAUGUAUUUUGCCCUCAAGUACAUAGCAGCUGUUGGGUGGUAUAAUACCUUAUCAUACAAUCCAAGAUGACAAGGUUGCGAUCCACCCUAAUCUCAGAUCCUUUCUCUGAUUUUGUGAUGUGGUCUUAGGGUGGUUCCCUAUUCUUAGACCAUAAUAAUAUUUUAUCAUACCUUCCAUGGAGCUAAUUCUCCGCUUCCAUGCACCCCAGGGGGAUUUGCCAAGCUACAGCAGAAGUAGUUAUAAAAGGUCCUUUCUUGAGUCUUUUUAGCCAAUGUUUUUCCUCAAAUUUGUUCUCGCUAGUAUAAUUUUCUAAAUAAACCAAUUUUUUACGUUUGUUAUGCCCUAACUGCAGUAAUUUUAAAGUUGGAAAAUUUUGAGUUUGUUAGUCUUUAACCACUGUGGGGGAGGAGGAGGGGAGGAGAAGGGCAUACACAGUCACCAUUUGUCUUGACAAAAAAAAAACAUAUUGGCCAUCUAUUCUAUGUUUAUGUGUUCCCUUAUUAGUAUCAGAUGUACAGUUCAUCUAGAUCAAAUAUCACAUCAAUUCAAAAACCAAACGUUGUACCCCCUAAAAGGCAGGGAGGCAGCUACUCAAGACUCAACAAAUGCAAAGCUGUCAGCAUUUUCAUGAAAUGACUUGUUUUUGAAUGGGGGCUAUGCUUAAAUGUUUGCCAUAAGGGCACACUUCUCAGUGUGUCAAGCAGUAAAAUGAAUUUACAGGCAUGGCAACAGAUGAUUAUUUUAUAACAGUUGAAACAUGUUUACUUAGUUUAACAGUUCAUUUUCUAUAACUGAUCCCGUCAGUUCACAGUUAGGCCUUGUCUGAUUAUUGAGUAUUUCUCUUUUGCAGCUAUGGAUUUGUCACUUUUGCGACAACCAUCGCACGUAAUGAACUACUUAAAAAGGUAUAAGUUUUGUUAUUUAGAUAUUCCUCUCUGUUUAUUCUAAAUUGGGGGAAUUAUGUGUAUGCUAUGUUUUUAUUAGUUUUUUGUUUUUGUUUUUGUUUUAAACACAAAAUGGCAUAAAGACCCAGGGGGACAUUCAACCAAGUAUCAAUUCAGGGAUGCGCUGCCUCAGAAUUUAACCCCUUAAUGACCUUUUGCGACCAUUUUUGACAAAAAAAGGUACCCUAUUUGUACCUACCUUCUAUUGCCAAAUGGUACCCCUUUCUAACCCCCUAGGAUUUCAAAUCCCAUGGAAAACAGGUUUUUUGGUUCUGUGGCCAGAGAUUAUGGGAAACCAUCUGUAUCUCUUUUUUUUUUUUUGGUUCCGUGAAAAUUCAUGAAAACCUACCUCUUAAAUGUUUUCAAUUUUUGGUAGUCAUAUUGUUUUCUUGGUACUGGAAACCAUAAACUGGUAGUGUGCAGUGCACCUGUGAAGGAUUCAAGAUGGCAGACAAUAAGUCAUACAUGUGUAACUAAAGAAUUGCUCCACUAAGAAUCUGAGUGGAAAAAUAGUGAAUUUCUGUAAAUUGGUCCCUAAGGCUGAAAAUGUCACUGGGAAACAAUUUUUCGGUUCUGUUAUUGUAACACCACAGUAACAACCCAGUACCAGAAAGGAUCAUUAGCGUGAAAUCCUAGGGCUUGCCUUUCACCUACGUAGUUAAGAACUUUUGUGUCUCUUUUCACUGCUUUAAAGGCACUGUCUUGCAGUGUUCUCCCUAAAUUUUAGCCCAGCGGGUAAGGGACCGUUCAUGGCCAGUGAGGCAAAAAUAUGUGCCAGAGGCACACUUUCCUGGGGGUAGGGGGAAGGGGUAGUGGUGUAAGGAACAUGGCCCUGCUCUCACUGGGUUUUUUUGUGUUACUGGUUUGGGAGGAUUAUAUAUGGAGGCGCUUAUUUUCGGAAUUUUAUGGUAUUUAAUUUUAGUAAACCUUCAAGUGGUUGCAGUUGGUAAAAAGCGUUGCUUCAGGUGGUAAAUUUUACUGGUUACCGCCUGAGAAGGAGAACAAUGGUCUUGCAAAUGUGAAUAAAUCACCAAAUCUUCUUGGUUUUGGCCAUAAAAUGCAUCUGUUAGCCCUUCUGGCUCCUUUUAGACCAAAAUCACAGAUUUCCCUACCCUUGCUUCUACAAAUGAACAUGAACCCUAAAUAAGGGACCCUGUAUAGGUCACUAGGGAGUAAACCUCACCCCAACUGGGGUUUGCUCACUGUGCUAAAUGCAAGUUGGAACAAAAUGCAAAUCAUGGUCUAAGUAACUAAUUCGUAGUUUUUGUUAUUAGUUUGUGCAAAUAAUACUAAUAUUACCACUUUUUUUAAAUUUAGGGUACCAUAGAUUACAAAAACGGUAGGAAACUAAGGCUGCGUAAAGCCGUCAAAAAAGAGGUAUUCAUUUAAGCAAUAAAUAAUUAUUAACAUGUAGAUUUAGCCACGGCUAAAAGUGAAGCUCCCAUUGAAAGGUUAAGUGAUUUUGGAGUGGAACAAAUCUUGUAUCAAGUUGAUAUAGCCUUAUAUGUACACCCAAAAAGGUGUACGGUCAAAUUUAAGAGUAAUACUGGCUUUUUAUCACAGUAGAUAAGGUGUGGAAAACAAAUCAGGCUGAAUUUUUUGUAAUCGACAAGUUUACAAAUUCUUGCCAAUAAAUCUGGGUGCGUGCAAACCAAUCGUUUAUUUUUUUUAAUACACCACAUCUGAGGAGAAAGAGUAUGAUGAGGCGCUGUUUUUAUCAUACAGACCUCAUACAAAAUGCAGUAUUUCACAAUUUUUCAAGACGAAUUGCAUUCAUUCAAUAUUCAGGACCAUUGAAGCGUGUGUGGACUUUUAAUUAGUGAAACCGUUCAAAAAAUUUCCAAAAUCACCUAUACGGCCGGCCGGUUCUAACUUUUGACAAGCGCCAAAUUUGCAAAGAAAUUUUAAAAGAGUUACGCUUCAACAUGAUGAAGAAUUUAUUGACUGUAUUUUUUUAUUCAUGGUUUUAUAACGAUGUGUAACCUUAAGAAGCGUUUGAUACGCUCGGCAUUUUGAGUACUCCUGCAAGCGAUGUUUAUGAAUGGCUGAAAACAAACGGCAAAGCGAUGAAAAUUACACUUUUGAGACUACCAACAAUCAAUAAAGAAAUAUAAUUCGGUUGAACAUUUACAGAGACAACAAUUUUCAUUCACGAAAACAAAUGAGUAUUUAAGUGUCUCUAAGAAUCCUCAAGUCUUUACUAGUAAGCUUAAAGAUUAAGUUUAUGUUUUAAGCCACUGGUUUCCCGGGCCUGUUUGCUGUUUUCAAAGAUGAACUCAGGACAAGAAAAUCGCUCAAAGCUUUCUUUCUACAGGCAAAAUUAUAACUAAAUAUUCUUCGGAAAGUCUUCUCUUUCUAUUUAAGGUGAAUUAAUAUCGACUAAAGGCUUUUUAAGCUUAUAUCAAACCUCAUACUAGGUCAGAUCAGUGUCUCAGUCAAAUCUUAAUACAAACGUGCAUAAACUAGCUUCACAAACUGCGCCGCUGGACUUCAUGAAAUUAGAUAUAAAUACAAUAAUUACUCAGGCUUACCAUAUUUUGAGAUGCAGCUCCUGAAAGCUGUCAAGUAAGGCAAGGAUUGCUUGAGCCGUUAUAAUUCUUGCGCGCAUCCAGCAAGGUGAAAAACAAAAACGAUGCCAUCUGAAAUCGGAUUAUCGGCUUUGACAAGCGACGCAUUUCUCAAUGAAAAACUCAAUAAAAAAACCAGCCAUGAAUAAGAGAACACUCUUGAUAGCAGCUGUAUUUCAUUUUGUACAUCCAGUGGAAAAAGACAGUUAAAAACAUCACAAGUUGACUCAACUCUGUCAGCUUCAGCCGUCAAAGUAAACAACUUUCAAGAUGCUGCAUAAAUUUUACGCAUGAAUUCACCUGUCAAAUUUUAACCAAUCAGAGCAUAAAAAUCUUCCCCACCUGUAUUUUAAAAAAACUGGCUGAAUUUUUGCGUCUGAGGUCAGUUUGAAAUCAAAAUCGUAAUAGUGCGGGGCGAUACUGACAUAAACACAACAUAUUUGAAAUGAAUUUUUAAAAAAAGUAAACUUGAGCCUGCAAAAACGAAUAAAUUGUCAGCAGAUAACUUCAAAAAAUACUCGACCUUGAUGGGUCGACACCUGAGCCCGCGAUACGGUCAGGUGAGACUGGUCAGUGGAUACCCUGUUUUGACAGCUGUCAAUUGAUGACAACAUUGAUGUGCAAUCAGCUUCCUCCUGGGCUCCCAAAGUAGCUAUAAAGUGUGAGAGUAAACAUUGGUAUGCCUGUGGUACGCUCGGUCGGUCGGUCACGUGAUUACCAAAUUUUCUGGGAUGGGUAGAUUACCUUAGCUAUGGGGCUCCGCGAGCACGGAGCUCCGCUAUUAUACUUUAUUUCUCUUAUCAUCCUAAUGUUGUCUCGGAGAUUACAGAUUUUACUUGGGGGCAAGGUAGACUGGAAGGCAAGGUGAACGGAAAAUAAAUUUCCUUAACCCUUUGGACCAGGAGUCAGUUUGAAAAUAUGAUAAAACCAAAUAACUUCAACCUUUCAAGCAAAAAAGUGGGGUGUUUCCCUGUUGUUCUGACAACCACAGGGUUGUCAGAAAGUUUUGAAGUAGAUGGCUGUGUUGUCAAAGCAGGGUGCAAAGAAAGUUAAUUUUACAGCUUGCCCUUCGGGAGAGCUGUAACUAACAUCUACUAGCCCGAAAGUCGUUUUUACUAGCCCGAAAAAAAUCAACAAGCACCUACAGUAUCGGUGUUUAGAAUUUACCAUAUUAAAACGCACGUGACGAAUAUUUGCUGAAAAAAUAAUAAAUUUCUCACUUGAGUUCAGGAUUAAAACCUUUUGUGUACGUUCCUCGCAAAUGAUUAUGAAGCAGAGUUUAGACAAAUAGCUUUUUCUGAACCAGUAAGAAUUAGUCACGAGCAACAUUUACCUCCAAAGUUUUUUUCAAUAUCUGCUUUUACUUUAUGCGCCUCGUCUGACAUGUAAUGCGAUACCUCGUCUUGUUUAUGCAGAUUUCACUUCGUCGGAGCGACUUUCGGUCCACAGGAAUUUAUUAGGAAUUUAAAACAAUUGUCUUACAGUACUUUUGUAAUUUUAAUUCUCCGAAAAAUCUUCGCUUGCCCGUCGGGCAAGUUAAGCACAGAAUUCUCUAGCCCGAUCGCAAAAUCUACUAGCCCCGGGCUGUCGGACACGACUUUCUUUGCACACUGCAAAGUAAGCGGCCGGUCCAGGGAUAUUUUAUUUUAAAAAUGUCAUCCGUAAAGAAAUGCCAAGCAGAAUAGCCAGUCAAGUAGGUGGUGAUUUUCACCGGCAGCCGUAUACUUUUGACAACCCUGAACCAAAAUCUCAUUCAUUUGUAUGUGUGUAUGUGUGUCAACUGAAGAUGGUUGGAUUCUUGGAGUCUUUUUUUUUGCCUGGUAAUAUGGACUGAGGGAAGUUAAGGUCCAAGAACAAAAAAGAAUGAAACCAAUGGCUGGCCAUCUUGACCAAAAAGGCUUGGUCAAAAAGGAUCUGUUUACCCUUUUUUUUUGUUAAAGUAAACAUAGCAGGGAUUCCUGAGUAAUGAACACAACAUUUACUUCAUUUUUUUAUCUGGUGAAGCCACAACCAGUUGCAAAAAUGUUGAGACACACGAUGAAAAACCUGCCUUUCUUUACUUCAAAUCGCUGCUAGCUGCACGUCUCUUAUAUACAAUACUGACCGGCCCUCCCCCCCCCCCUUCCCUUCCCUUUCAUUAAAAGUUGUUCCACCAAGUAUGGUCUUGUAUUGCUAACAACUUUGAUAAGGGGAGGAGGGGGGGAUCACAAGCACAAGAUCAUGGACAGGCCAUUUAAGCAAAAAUGAGGGACAGUGUCUCAAGUAGCCUGCGUGCAGACGAUAACUAAACUCUGAUUAGUACCAUCUGCGAAGCAGCGCAGAGAUCCUUGUUCUGGACCCCCAACGGACUCAACGGAUUACCGGGAGUGCGUUUCGAAUUCCCCUUCAACCUGAUUGGCGAUCACGACAAACAAAACAAAGGCCUUUUUUAACUGGCCAAUCGUGGCGCGUACUCAAAUCUGGGUACACAGCUGGAAGUCCAGAACAAGGAUUUCGGCGCUGUUUCGCAAACGGAGUUAACCAGAGUUUAAUUUCAACUGCGCGCAGGCUAUGUCUCAAGUGUUUUAUGCAACUGAUUACAGCUCUAUAGAAAAAAAAGGCUUCAACUGAUUAUUCAGUGCAACAGGACUGCAUCACUAUCUCACUAUCUAUUUUAUUUUAUUUUAUUGUGAAAGAAUUAAUAAGCACACAUAUGAUUAAAGUUUUUAGAGGUUGGUACUAAACAAGCUGUUUGUGUUAACUUUAGUUAUCAAGCCAGUUUUUGGCAGGAGAAAGCUCAUCACAAAAUGGAGGUUAGUAUUUAUAGGUAAAAUUAAUUUGCUAAAAGUGUACAGUAUAGUUUUCAUUAUAAGACCUGCAGUUAAUCUGUGGCUCCCCCUCAAAGCAUUAUUAAUGUCUGAGGAAAGAGUGCUGAAACUCCUACCGAUGUUUACUUAUAAGAUCUGGGUAGCGCCUCUGAUUACAGGCAUGGAUCCACACUGGUUUCCACUAUUUUUCAAAAAUCGGUCUGAUUUUUCAUAAAUAAAUAUAUUUUUGAAGGAAAAAAAUUUCCAAGGUUAAACUCUGGUCAAUAUCCUGUCUGAAUGACUCAGAAACCCAGGAAAGGUGACUUAAGGUAGACAAAAUCCAAAUAUUUCUCGGGGGUGCAUGCCCCCUGACCGCCCUAGAAGCUUGUGCCUUUGGUGCUUGUUUAGGAAUUGCUCAGUAUUUAUCCUAGAUCUGCGCCUCGAUUAGUUGGGAAAAAUCUGUCCCUCAUAGAUGUACAACAAAUGAACUGGGUUUUGACCCUGAAAAGAUGUAUCAAGACUUUGACUCUCUGUUCAACUAUUAUUUUUUUAAAAACUAAUCAUGUAAUAUUGUGGAAUAAUUCCCCUCACCCUGACUGUAAUGACCUAUACGGAGAGGCUAUGCCUGAAAGGGGUGCCUAUUUUUAGGCUUCAGGUUAUUAUGAGCUGUAAGUUUUAGGGCUACAGAUUGAUUUUAUUGUUGUGAAAAAGUCAAGAGAAAUUUGUAGUUGUGUGAUUUAUUCAUACUUUAAAGAAAGUGCGUAGCAGUUAAAACGGAUGCGAAAUUGUAAACUAGGCGUGUGAAAGGAGUACCAUUUGUCAAUGAAAGGUAUAAGAAGGGGGUACUGUUUCUGUCAAAAAAAAAGUAUAUAAAAGGGUAAGGGGUUGGACCUCGGGGUGGAACCUCCCCUUAUAAUAAUAUUGCGGAUUGUAACUGUAGCUAACUCCUCUUUUUUUCUACAGCUGUUAUGGCCCAACAGGUUGUGUUGGUUCCAGUAACAAAUGAAUUUUCAACCUACCAAACUCCUGUUUCCGUAAGUUUCAUGUUCAUUUUACCCUGAUUUAGAUCAGGGGUCAACAAGCCACUUUCACGAUGAUGACAAUUGACUACAAUAGCUCUAACUGGCACAAAAAAGCAACAAACUGAAGGAUUCUGGUAGUGGUAGUAAAAUUUCUUAAUCAUGCAAUUGUCCUAUUCAGUUAUUUUGGUAGAAAUAGUUAUGGUAAGUCCCGGGACUCAUCUUGUGAAAAAUCAUGUGUCUAAGGCCAGAACCAUCAAGUCCCAGUUCAAAAAACAAGGAGUUCAAAACUGAAAACCCUUGGGACUGUGACCAGGCAGUCUCUUAAUCUGAAGACAGACUCCAAAACUUUUUUUUUUCACAGUUUACUGAAAUUAAAAUGUAGUCCUUCUAAUUUUAAACAACAAAAUUGAGGGGGACUAAAUUAAACAGAAGCCACAGGAAUCACACAAACAGGAUAUUCUACCAAAAAAUCAAUUGAUUUAUGGUUCUUUGGGUCCCACGGGGCCCAAAAUAAUUCAUGAAAUGUGUCCCGUGGGACGCAAAGAGCCAUUGAUCGAUUGGAAGAUUUUUUGGUAGAAUGUCCUGUUCGUUAUUGAAGGUUAUUGAAGUAGUAUGCAUACAGUUGAACCUCUCCAUGUCGGCCACCUUAGCCUUGGGGACAGAACAUGGUUUCUGUGUAGAUAGGUUUAAACAAGAGUCAAUAUAUGGACUGUCGACUGUAUUUGUUUUAGUCUAUAUUUUAAUAUCAGUAACCUGCAGUAAAGGGUUUUGUCAUCUGUCUCCAGAUUAACUGUCUGGUUACAUGAAGGCUCAAGCACUUUUAAUUUAUGACCCCUUGUUGUUUUCAACAGGAGCUCAUUCGUUAUGGACAUAGUCUCAUGAUUUUUUAUAAGAUGAGUCCCAGGACUCACCAUAACUAUUUGUAACUAGUAAAUCACUGUAAAUCACAGGGUUCUCAAUAGAAGGCGGCACCCGGCGAUUAAUCGCCGCUUACUUUGGGAUUUAUAGCCGCUUACUUUGUGUUUAAGUCGCUUUUCUUUGCUUUGUUUUGACACCUCUGGCUUUGCUGAAGAGCCUCCUACUUUAUCAGUGAUCACCUCCUACUUAAAAAUCUAUUGAGAACCCUGAAAUCAUACACCGUAUUCACAAAUGGCGGACACGCGGGAAAAAACUGGUGCCUAGUCAUGAAAGCGAGGCGUUGGAGGGUAAAUAAAAACUGCAAAUGAAGACUUUCAGUGAACUUGCAGAGUGUUUAGCACGGAUUCCACCUAAAAUAACUUUGUACGGACUUCUUUUAAAAUACAAUUACGUGGGAUGUCUUCUGCUUUUAAUGUUUAGUAUUGAUUUGCUGUUUGCAAUCAAAAGGGACGCGUAUAUCUUCAAGGAAAUGAGAUGAUUUUGUAGGUUACCGAAGCAUCAGAAGCUAGACAAGUGGGCGAUGGCUGGAGAAAAGCGGCAAACAUGUUGGCCCAAACUUCACAUUGAAACCGAGUUCGAAAGCCAGCUCACUGCAAUUCGGUAAAACAGAAAUAUAAACAAUGCAAAUCUUGGGGGCAAGAAAAAAAGAAAUAAGCGAUGGAUAUAUGGCCUACUUGUUAACGCAAGAGACGUGUGUCAUUGAACAAAACAGUUCAAAUCGAGAUGGAAAAAAGGAAGACAGGAAAGAAGCGGUGACUGAGGUUUCGAUGAAGUUAUAUUUGGUGUUUAUUUGCCAGGACGCUAUUCUCUGGUCUUUAUCGAUGAAGGACAUCAAUUAGAACUAUCUUUUUGGUAUAAAUGCAGGAGCGAUCGAGUGAAGUACGCUCAAAAUUUCGACUUGUCACUCGGCAGACUCGGUAAGCCGGCCACAUUUCAUUUCAGCGAGUAAUUUUCCUAUUUCUUAUCUUUGGCUGUUAUGAGUUUUAACUUCAUGUUCCAUAAUGUUUUAAAAGUGAAGAAUACAUAAAUAAGAAAAAUGAUGGUCUUCUUAAACGGAUCCAGACUCGCAUUUAAUGAUUCGAAACAGAAGCUUGCCGUGUUCAGUCCUGACACAAACAUUGCCUUAAAAGUUUAACCUAGUAAAAUGUGAGCUCUAUACCACUUUUUUACAAAGAGCUCUCUGAGAUAAUGCCGUAAAGGAGACCAGGAAAAUAGCAAGCCAUAAGAUUCACACACUAGAGCUUAUAGUUUUGAUAAAAUUAUUUUAUUUCGCAAUGCAAAGAAAUCAAAAGAUUUUAGAUUUGCACUGAAUUUGCUAAGCUCUGCCAACGUACCUCUAACAAUUCACUCCAAAGCGACGGAAUUGAUAUCAUCCAAAGGAAGUUGUAAAUACAGACAUACAUAGAUAUGUGUAAAAUGACACUGACAUGAAUGAAUGAGUCUCGUGAAUGAAUCUUUCACCCGCUCUCGACUUGACCAAUUUUGAGUAAUGGCGGAGGUCUCUUCCGUUGACAAGUAGGCCAUCUAUUCGUCGCUUUUUUCUUUUUUUCUUGCCACCAAUAUCUGUUUUUACUUCUGUUUUACAGAAUUGCAGUGAGCUGGCUUUCGUAUUCGGUUUCAGCGUGAAGUUUGGGCCAACAUGUUUGCCGCUUUUCUCCAGCCAUCACCCACUUGUCGAGCUUCUGAGGCUUCGCAACAUACAAAAUCAUCCUGUUUCCUUGAAGAUAUCUGGCGUCCCUUGUGAUUGCAAACAGCAAAUCAGUACUAAACAUUAAAAGCAGAAGACGUUCCACGUCAUUGUAUUUAAAAAGACGUCCAUACAAAGUUAUUUUAGGUGGAAUCCGUGCUAAACACUCUGCAAGUUCACUGAAAGUCUUCAUUUGCAAUUUUUGUUUACCCUCCAACGCCUCGCUUUCAUGACUAGGCCCCAGUUUUUUCCCGCGUGUCCGCCAUUUGUGAAUACGGUGUAUAUGCUGGGCACCCUUGAUUUUGCAGAUUCAGGGCACUACAGGGCUCCCUUAACCCUUUAAGCCCCAAUAUCCUUAUAUAAACUCUCCGUAGUGAUCUUCAUACAUUACUUUAAAGAAUUAGUUGAGAGACUUUGAAAACAGAUCAAAGCAUGUUCUGUUUAGUGAUCAUUUUAUUAAUUCUCAUAACCAUUUCUCUUGGCAACAUAUGGAUAUUGUUAAGAGAAAAUUGACGAUUGUGACUAUUGGGACUUAAAGGGUUAAAUUUUCCUUUCCCCUUGGUAACAGUCUCAGAAGUCUCAGUGAAAGUCAGCUUGCCCUAGCUAGUUUCCAUUACGAAUAAGUGAUCCCAGGUUAUUAUUAUGAUGGGCAACUGGAGAAUGUGCAAAAUCAGAUGAAAAUGUUGUCAUCUUUUUUUUGUUUUGGGUAGAUUCCACCACCAACCUACUAUCAAGUGCCAACAGCACAAACUUGCCUACCUGCUGUCUGUGUUCAGGUCUGUUUUUUUAUAUACUCCUGCUUAUUAAAGUUCAUAAAUUAAUAACUCUGACUUUUGAGUCUUGUGGUAUCACCAAAUGAAAUCUUUUCAGCAGUACUUUCACAUGGUACUGUUUGUAUUAGAUAUAUAUAUAUAAAGUACCUUUAGGAUAUUGAAAUUUUUAUGUCUGUCGACAAAAUAGGUGGUGUGACCAUUGAAAUGAAACCUCCUCAGCAUUGCUUUCUCAUAGUUCUGUUUGUGACAUAAAUGCACUUCUAACUCUGAUGAAAUCUUAUGAGUUGGCCAUUCAAAAUAAAACCUUUUUGGUGAUCACGUUCACAAGGUACCAUGUAUGUUAGUAGAUAUAAAAAUAUUCGGCCUUUACUUUACUGGCAAAGACCAGCCAUAAACAUUACUGGAAAGGAGUCAAAAACUAUGAAGUGACUGAAAGCGUUCAUACCAGAGUAAUUAUCCAAGGAGAAAAAUUGUUCGGAAUAUGUCUAAUUUAACUCUCCUCUUACCUUUUGACACACGUAUAAUUUGACCACGUUACGGGGUUUUCUUGACGCAUGUUCUUGACGCAUGUUCUGGUAGUCUGCUACACAGAAUUAACUUGCUUCAUUUGUGGAUACAUUGCAGCUUACUCAAAGGGGGGAGGGGGGGACACUUUUCAGGGUACCCUGGUGAUCACACUUGCUCCUUUAUACAGCCUCAAUUUACAGCCCCGCGCUUCCGUUCAGAAUUAAAGAUGGCGGCUUGCUACACAAAAGAAUUAGCUCUUUUUAUAGUGUGCUUGCUCUAUGAGCCUACAGUUGAGCUAGGCACAGAGAAGAUGAGGGAUGCACAGAACGCGCUCUCAGGACUCCACAUUGACCUCAUGCAGCUGUGGUCAGUACUAACCGUGUGGUUGUCUUCCCUUUGCAGACAACGCAGCCCUCAUACACUACUUGUGUGCCUUCAUACAAUACUUGUGUCUAUUACUAUUAAUUUUUACCGAGGUAAGUUAACAAAUAUUUCGUUAAUCAUUGCAUUUUCGCGUUCGAAGAGUUACCUCAAAACUUCUUGGCCGUGACUCAUGGAAAGUAUCCCCGCCAGAGUUGGUUUUUUCCCAUUUCGUAGAGCGAAAAGGGACGUCAAUAACAAAAAUAAUCAAAACAACGUGCAACAUCCACGCACGUGCAAAGUGCAACACGCAUUUUAGGACAUUUCUUUGCCAUCACUACACGAUGGAGGACUUGAACAAUCGAUUUUAUCCUUCUUUGUAAACUUCGGUAUGGUCCUUAAGAAUUCAACUCCAGGAAAAUUCACCAGCAUUUGACUUUUCAAGCGGGCCGAAAUUGUCUUGAAAGAGUUUGAAAAAGCGCGAAUUCGUUUUAAUGGUGGCGUUUUGGUUGCCAUCGCCAGCUGACGAUCUUGACUGUCUUCUUUCAUUUGCAGACUUAGCCCCCGCAAGAAGUCGUGCAGCUUUAAUACUAAAUUUCGUUCACAAUGGAUGGAUCUGUAGCCUAUUUAGGCAGUGCUAUUUUCUUGAGAUGAACUUGCGUAUUUAUUUUUGCAAAUACUAAUUAAAAUCCCGUCAGGUUAUUUACUGUUAUCUUUAUUAAGCACGUCUUUCGAGGGCAUUGUACUCGAGGAAAAACUAGCUCGUUUACAGAUCUUUAUAAAUUUUCAGUUUUGACCUCAUACUUAGAAGCCUGUUUUAACGGUCUUUGACUUCGGCAACGUUGUCCUAAUACUCUCAUGACAUAUUUGGAGAGAUGAGAGACUUUCGUGUCAAAGUGAGUCAAAGAGCGGCGACAUUUCCGUGGCCAUUAUUUUGUCCGCACCCGUGAAACAGAGUCUAGGGUGUCAAAGAAUGAAAUAGGGAGG